AUAUCCUCACAGCAGGUCAAGCUUGAGGUUUACCUUUUCAGUUGUCCCCACAAUUUAUGUGUCUAUUACUACCUCUGCUCUGGUCUAUCACACUUCAGUUUCAACCACUGCUCCUAUGUUCAACCAUAGUGCACCCUGUCUAAAGGACUCCUCAUGUCCCUCUUCUGAUCAUCCACUAGCUGACUCCUCAUGCUCAACAACUACCACAACAUUCCCUCACCAUUCCAUUCAUCUCAUGGUCACCCGAUUGCACAACAAUAUUGUUAAAGAAAAACAAUACACUAAUGGGGAUGCUCUUUAUCCUCUUCCUCAAGCAAUGUUGGCUACUUCUUCACUCGAUGAAAUUGAACCAACUUGUUACUCUUCAGCCGCAACACACCCGUCGUGGUGA